AUGCAUGAAAUGGAUGCUUCAAGUGAAAAUACAAGUAGAUAUAUCGAUUUGGUCCGCGGCGGGUUCCAGCCGCGCCUUCCGACUUCGCUGCCGCCCCCAGGGCAGCAGCAGCAGCCGUCGCCGCUACCACGCCGACAGCCCGUCCCGUUGAUGCCUCCCGCGCAGCUUCAUCCGGGAGCGCCCCAGGUGGUCGCUCCGGCGCCUGCGGUCCCUUUUCAGUCGCCACCGCCUUCGGAGCUGAUGGACGUCGACCCCUCAGCCGGGCCGCCUUCCCAAGCGGUGGCUGUGCAGCCUGUCCUGCAGCCGCUUUCCUUGGGCACCCCCAAGGAGUCUGACACCGCAGCGCCUUGUCCGGCGCCCACUCAGCAGCCGUCGACGCAGCGUCAGGAGACGCUGCCUCUCUUCGUGGGUCCCGACGCCCCGUCGCGUCCAGUACCAGAAGCUGCGCCCGUGGUCACAGGCGUUGUUCCAAAUCACCGAUACCUCGUUGGUAUUAACACCUAG